CUAGUCUGGCCUUGUUCUCUCUCUCCUUCAUCUGCGUAUUACUACUGCUCGCACAUUGGAUCGAUAGCUUUCGUUCUUUUCGCGCAUCGCUUCUCAUCGUCUCAGAUACGCUCAACGUCGAGCGACUCUGUGCUACUUGGGGUACUGGCCAAUACUGCCGGCAAAUAGGCUGUUCAAGAAGGACGCGGCUGCCAUUGGCGUUCAUAUAUGCUGCGAGAUUGACUGGGAGAUAGUAGUCAGCUCUACUGGGAGAUAGUGGUCAAGUCUACACUUAAGAGAAGCCUCGGCCCACUGUCGAAGGCAAGAGCCUUGCUCACUGCCUUCACGCUCGCUACAAGGAAAAGCAUGGCGCAACAGGCUCAAGCCUACCUGGACCUCUUUGGAGCUUCCUCCUCCUCUUCCCCUUCCUCAUCACCUGCAUCAUCCUCACUGGCAUCUUCCUCCUCACCAUCGGCAUCUAUCUCACGGAAGAAGACUCUUCUGCAAGAUUUCCUCGAUGCAGUCACUUGUGGAGGCGGGGCGAGUAGACUGGCAGGCAUGGAGGUGCAGAUGAGGAGGGGAUUUGCACAGGCACUGCUCAAUGAUCUGGCAAAGAGUGGGCCUGGCUUACCCAAGAGUGAGCACGGUGGUGAGCAAAGAACAAGUGACCUCCUGAGCCUGCAAUGUCUCAAGGAGCUCUCACGUCUGCCCGGAGGAAGCAAUGUCCAGUCGGAGCCCACCAAUCUUCGCAUUCUCCUUCAGCACGUGGCCCUCCCUCCUCUCCCGGCCCAACCUGCCGUAGUAGGUCGGUCUCGUCAAGCGUCCGUUGAUGCCUCGGAUGCCUCGAGUGUAAAGUCGUCCUCGUCCCACUCUUCUGCUGGGGCAGCAUUGACAUCGGCUAUGCAGCGCAUGUGGAUCAAGGGGACCACAGCUCUACGAGGUAGCACUAGCAACAGUGGUUCCGGCAGUGAACGAAGGAGCAGUGGGCCUGCUAAUGGCGAAGGACAUCUUGGAGCUCAGGCCGCUGGUAUAGUCUCACACGAUGAGGGAGCGCAGGAUAUGGACAGCAUUGACUGGACCGCGACGGAUACGGCGUUGCGCUGUCUGAAUAAUGCCAUCUUCUUGCACGAGACGAGCCGGAAGACUUUUGCUGAGGACACAGUAGGAGGUGGGAGGAAAGUGGUCGGACUGCUAAGAAAUCCCACGCAUACACCGCCAGAUAUCAUCUUCCUUGGCUGCCGGCUCCUCUUCUUCUCCACUCUGUUCGAUGCCUCAUUCAACAAAGUCGCAGUAGAGGAGGAGAAUCUCGUCGAGUAUCUGGAGACUUGCUUGCGCUCCCUCACCAGCAGUCUGUGUGCGUCGCAAGUCACUGAGGCGGGUGUCAAGCCUGGCUUCUCCGGCUCUGCCUCUGGCGGAGGAAGCGUGACGCAGAUCAAGACUGCUCUGGCAGAAGCACUCAAGGUUGUCUUCAACCUAGGUCUUUACUAUCCACGCGUGACGGACGAGGCAUCUCACCCUGGUGCCAGUGGCAAGAGCAAUUCGGCGAAGAAGAAGAAUGCUGCUGUUCUGGGAGAGGCCUGGAGCGACCGAUUGGCAAUGCUUCUUGACCCAGUCAUACAGCUCGUACUGGCGCUGCCUUCCGACUCGCUUGUUCCGCCAAUGACAAACGCCAUUGGAGUCCUGUUGAAUUACCCCAUCAAGCCUUAUCGAGCCAGCUGGGCCGGAACCGUGUCUCAAAGUAGACGGGCAUCGGCCACCUCUAUUGCUUCAAAUGGCAGCAACCACAACAGAGUCGGCCCUCAAAGCCCUUCCUCUCCUUCGGGCACUGCUUCUGCGAAGCGGACAGCCGGCCAUGCAUUUCAUUCGCGAGGUCCUUCAUCGACUCUGACCAGCACUACUUCCACAUCGAUGUUCACGCCAGUCCGCGAGGCUGAGCACAAGAGAGCCGAUGGCGCAAGUCCCUACUCUGUUCCGGGACACGAAGUCAAGUCACCCCUUGUAGAGCACCUCCUGGAUCUUCUCGACUCCUUUAUGUCGCGCUACUUUGCCCCGAAUUCUCUAUCAGGUCCAGAUGAGCAAGACACGGACGACCGUUCCACACGCAUGCUUGCACAGCAGGACGGGAAUGUUCAGCUUGAAGAAAUUGGGCAGCCGAUCCACCUGCUGAUCAGGAAGCUGUGUGUAGAAGAUGAGGAAUUCAGGCUAGCAGUCAAGAAGAGAAUUUUACCCGAUGACAUUGACCGGACCAUCGGUCUGGACAAGCGACCCGAUCUCACUGGCCGGCUUGUUCGUCUACUGAGCAGCAUCUCCUACCCACGCCUCUCCCGCGUCGCAGGCGAGCUUCUCCUAGCCAUCUGUCGUGAGGAACCUCGAGAGCUGGUAGCACAGAUAGGAUACGGACCGUGCGCAGGAUUCCUUGUAUCGAAUGGAUUUGGCGACGCUUUCCCUGGCGCUGGCGGCCAUCAAGGCGGAGGAGAUGGCGUGGAGGAGGGUCAAGCAAGGAUUGAGGAGCUCGAUGAGAAGAGGCCUGCAAUCGACCCAAUUACGGGAACGUACGUCGACUCUCCCUCUGCAGGUGUGGGCGUCUCCCCAUCUGCACCGGCACGAAGUACCUCUAUUCGACCAUUGCGGAAGCACCACGGCGCCGCGACUUCCUCUACCCCAGCUUCAGCUGCAAACCCGUCAAAGAUGACCGAGAUCAACGACACCCAUGCCCAGCCGGAGCCGGAGCGGGAGAUGACUGAAGAAGAGAAAGAAGCGGAAGCGGAGCGUCUCUUCACCCUCUUUGAUCGACUGGACCGCACUGGUGUCAUCAAAGUGCAAAAUCCUCUUCAGCAUGCAGCUACUAGAGAUCCAGUCGUGGCCGCAAAGGCUGAAUUGGCACAGAGGGUGGAGGAGAGGAAGAGGGUGGAAGAAGAGGAGAGGGAGGAGGAGGAGACGUUGAGGGAGUUGGCGAGGUGGAAGGCUGGGAGGGUCAGAGGGUCGCAGCCACCGGCGACGACGACGACGACGACGGCUACAGGAGCGCCAGCUGGAGCUGGAGCUGGAGCUGGAGUUGGAGAGGAAGCGCAACGUCAUCAAGAGAGCCAAGGCAGGCAGUCGAGCUAGCGAGGGAUCGCAAAGAAUGGUAGCAUUGCGAAGAACGAAGAUGACGAAUCGGAAAGGAGCGAGGAAGAGGACAGGAGGGAAAGGUAGGGGAGGGGAAGCGCAAAGAAAUGAUACAUACAUACAGUUCACCCUCUUUCAGAUUUCUACUAGUAGUCUACCUAAAGCCUGAAGAAUCCGGAUCGAUCCAAUCGCCCAUUCCACCCAGAGAGCCAAGAGUGGUAUCUUGUCCUCCUUCUGAAACCUCUUCACCGAGCCUAGUACCACCACCACCACCACUAGCGGCAGAGGCAGCAGCAGCAGCAGCAGCAGCAGAGGCAGCAGCAGCAGCAGCAGCAGCAGCAGUAGCAGCAGCAGUAGCAUC